CCUUUCUCUACUUUUGUAGUGUAAUUUGUAGUUCUCGAUCGAUAGAUCUCUUCUUGUCUCUUAACAUUAACAAUGGCCAUAAUCACAGAGGAACCAGAAAUACAACCUCAAAAUGACCGAGAACCAACAGAGGAACCAACUUCACCUUCUAAAGAUCCAAAACGAAAGCCAAAACCAAAGCCAAUGACACAAACUAAACCACAAACACAAGCACAGACACGGACACAGAACAACCCUUUUGUUUUCUGGUUCUAUUUCACUGUCUCAGUCUCACUUGUCACUUUUUUAGCUAUUGGUUUGUCCUCUCUCUAUUCAAAUCCAGACCCCAAAAGUUUCUUCCUUUCCCUCUCCACUCCACUACGCCAACACUACUCAAAGGGGCGUACAAUUAAAGUCCAACUGGCUCAAAACCAGCCAUCAAGUGAGGUUUUUGUGUUAGAGAGUGGUAAAAGAGAUUUUGUGAGUGAAAAAGUUGUGAUUGUUCAUGGGUUGGGUCUAAGUUCAUUUUCUUUUAGGAAAGUUUUAGACCUUUUGGGUUCAAAAGGGGUUCAUGGGGUUGUGUUUGAUUUACCUGGAAAUGGGUUUUCUGAUAAGUUUAUGGAAGCUAGUGAAGAGAGAGGAAAUGGAUUUUUCGAGAGGUUUAAGGAUGCCUAUGCACUGAUUAAAGAAAAGGGUAUUUUUUGGGCUUUUGAUAACAUGGUUGAAACUGGACAGAUUCCGUAUGAGGAGAUUGUGUCUCAUUAUAGUGAAAAAAGGAGUGUUGUUAAGCCUAUUGUAUUGGGUAGUGAAGAGAUGGGCUUGGUUUUAGGCCAAGUGAUUGAGACCUUGGGGUUAGCUCCUGUGCAUUUGGUUUUGCACGAUUCGAGUUUAGGAAUGGUGGCGAAUUGGGUUUUGAAGAAUUCAGAAUCGAUUAGGAGUGUGACUCUGGUUGAUACAGGGUUGAGGCCGGCUUUGCCUUUGUGUGUUUUGGAAGUGCCAGUAGUCAGAGAGGUUGUUUUAGGCGUUAAUUUUGUGUACGAAUGGUUGAUUAGAAUGUGUUGCUCAAGGGGGAUUGGUGGUUUGGAUGUGGCGGCACAUAGAAUGAUGUUGAAUGGGAGGGAUGGGAGGAGAGCUGUUGUGGCUACAGGCAAGAAAUUGAAUUCAAGUUUUGAUAUUGCAGAAUGGGGUGGUUUGGAUGGGGUAAAGGGAAUCCCAAUGCAGGUUGUUUGGUGUAGUGGUUGGUCAAAAGAAUGGAGCGAGGAAGGACGUAAGGUAGCGGAUGCGCUUCCACAGGCUAAAUUUGUCACACACACUGGUGGGCGCUGGCCUCAGGAAAAUGCUGCUGAUGAGCUAGCUGAGAAUAUUGUCAAAUUUGUUUCCUCCUUGCCAAAAUCAGUUAGGCGAGUUGAAGAAGAACCUAUUCCGGAGCAUAUACAGAAAAUGCUUGACGAGGCAAAGGAUGGUCAUCACCACCAUCACCAUCAUCACGGCCAUGGUGGUCACGGCCAUCAUGAUGGUCAUGGUCAUGCUCAGACUCAUGGAGCUGGUUACAUGGAUGCAUAUGGGCUAGGUCAUGGAUGGGGCAGUUGAUUUUUUUCCGUCUUUUUUUGAUUCAGCAGACAAUAUUUGUGAAAACCAAUGUUUGGUUUCAAGCAUUACAUUACCGUCUUCGGCGAAUACCUGGUCCGUGUACUUUCCUGAUAUCCCAACACAACCAUGGCAGGAGUUUGUAAUACUAAGGCACUGUUUGUUUCCCGGUACAAAUGUAUUUCUGAAAAAAAAGUAAU